GCUCAAAGCCAUAUCCCGCGCUACAGUCCUCCAUCUCAGUCUAAAUCCUCUUCUCUCAAUCGGUGUCCGUGCCUCAACCGCAACCGCAAUAUCACCAAACCUCCGCUCAUACUCAGCAUUAUACCCCAUCUGCCCAUCCUACAACCUCUACCACCCUACGCAAAUCAUCUCAAUCCACAAUCGCAACCAAGAAUAUCCCUUCUCUACAUCCGCAACCAUGUCCGCCGACUCUGCCUCCAACGAGAGCCAAUCGCAACCCCAACGUCCACAGGAAGAAGAGCAGGGGCAGGAACAGGAUCAAAACAAACCUAUCCUCGCGCUACCGGAGGCUCCCUCGGCAGACUCACAAGUCACACAGAUCGACGUCAGUGGUGGCGGGUCGACGGUGAAGCUCGACGCUCUGGGCCCGCUGGUGGUUAAUCAGGAUGGAACGCUGUCACGGAUCGCCAACUGGGAGCAGAUGACUGAGAUCGAGCGGCGGAAUACACUGCGCGUGCUCGGCAAGCGGAAUAAACUACGGUUAGACACAUUAAAGGCGGCAGAGGGUGAGAAGGAGGAGGGCAAAUGAUCGACUGCAUACGGCGUUUGUCGAUGGUCUAUUGGAUGAUAUAUUUCGUGUCUAUAUUGUACUAUACUGUAGAAUUUUUCGGGAUGCUCGCAUGGUUCUUUGUACAUUUCCUCACAACAAACAUAUCCUCAUGCCAAUCAUAAUAUAAUCGUGACAAUACCCAGACAUACA